AUGACACUGGUGAUGGCCCCAGAAGACCUGGGACGUACUUCAUCAGCCCUCGAGGCACCACGCAUCAUCCCACGUGCACCUCGACUUGCCGUGCCGGAUCAAGACGGAAAUCUGCGUGUCGACGAAGCACAUGUUCAGCUUAUACAGCCAGACCAGGCAGCUAUGCAGAACCUACCCCCGGAGCAGGUGGCAUCUUCGAAUGGGUUGACUUCACUCCAGGAGUUGCAGUAUCAAGCUCAUUUGGAGCAGCAACUACUUCAAUCUCGUCUGCAGCAGUUGCAUGGGACUGACGCAAGUUUCGGUGGCCUCCUGCAGCAACAGCAGCCUCUGCAGCCAAGCCAAUGUUCAUUUUUCCAUCAGAAUUCCAACCAAAGUGGUGUUCCCAACUUCUGGAUGCCGCACAUGCCAAUUCCGGAGAGCUUUCACCGAUCGCAUUUCGCCCCAGCACCACAGGAUUCAUGGAAAUCACAACAGCACGGUCAGCAGUCGGUGAACUUCCAGGUGGCACAGCCACCGCACUCGUGGCAGUACCAGUGCAACCAUGGCAAUCCCACGGGGGCGCCCUGCUUGGAAUCUCACUCAGAUCUUUCAGCCAUUCAAGAGCCGCCGAUGCCUGAGAGGAAUUCGUCUGACGUUUUUGCGCCAUUCACAAGCACCGCAAGCUCCUGA